CCGGAAGUCCGGGCGGAGACUGAGGCUGCGCUUCUCGCGAAAGGGCUGGCGUCGCGGGGCUGGCCACUUCCGCACUUCCGCUUUCCGGCCCAGCCAGCGCCCGCGAUGACUGCCACUCUCCGCCCCUACCUGAGUGCCGUGCGGGCCACGCUGCAGGCUGCCCUCUGCCUGGAGAAUUUCUCCUCCCAGGUUGUGGAACGACACAACAAGCCCGAGGUGGAAGUCAGGAGUAGCAAAGAGCUCCUAUUGCAACCUGUGACCAUCAGCAGGAAUGAGAAGGAAAAGGUUCUGAUUGAGGGCUCCAUCAACUCUGUCCGGGUCAGCAUUGCUGUGAAACAGGCUGAUGAGAUCGAGAAGAUUUUAUGCCAUAAGUUCAUGCGCUUCAUGAUGAUGCGAGCAGAGAACUUCUUUAUCCUUCGAAGGAAGCCAGUGGAGGGAUAUGACAUCAGUUUUCUGAUCACCAACUUCCACACAGAGCAGAUGUACAAACACAAGUUGGUGGACUUUGUGAUCCACUUCAUGGAAGAGAUCGACAAGGAAAUCAGUGAGAUGAAGCUGUCGGUCAAUGCUCGUGCACGCAUCGUGGCUGAGGAGUUCCUCAAGAAUUUUUAAACCAUCUGGCUGGAUCUUGAGGCCUUCCCCCUCAGACUCCCCCGUGUCUCUGCAAAGGCAUCCUGGAGUUACUCCCUAGAGCGGCGGCGGAGGCAGCAGCAGCAAGCAGCAGCGGCAGAGCGGGGGAGCUGGGUCGGGGUGGGCAUUAGAUGCGGGAGGUGGGUGGUGUGCUUGCUAGCUGGGCAACAAAGCAGCAGUGGACCUGCCCCAAGGCCACAGGUGCCUGGUCAGGCUGGCUUCUGAUGUUCAGUCCCCUGGGCUGGGACAGAUUUUUUUUAACGUCUUGAAACUUAAAUUCUGUGCUUGUAGGAGACUGAAACCUUUUUGUCUUUUUUUUUUUUUUUUUUUUUUUUUUAAACAAACAACCUCCACCUCCAGUGGCUGUGACUGGUCCCAGUGAUUGUACCAUAUUGGUCGCUGUGGGUCUGGGCGGGCCUGGAGCCAGAAGGCGACUAUUGUCUCCCUUUCCCAAUCACCCCCUCCCCAAGCCCCAGGUGGGGAGGGAGGGAGGGAGGGAAGGAGGAAGGUUUCAGACUCCAGUUCUUUUCCCUUGCUGUCUUAUUCCUGAGCCUCCUUGGUCCCAGUAGAAGUUGUGGGGACCCUCUGCCAGCUUUCUGAGCUCUACCUGAAAAUGGCCACCCAGCACUGGUUGAGGACAAGGGCUGAACUGGUGGCCACCAGCCAUGUCCAGGAGCUGGACCCUGAAAGCCAGGUACCUCUGGCCGUAGGGGCCACUUUGUGCCCUCCCAGUUGAGAGGGGCCACUGUUUUCGCCUUGUCUGUCAGUGCAGUGCCUGUGCUAGAGGUGGAGAGGUGAGUCCUCCAGAGCUUCCUGAGCUGGGGCUUUCCUGCCUGCUCUGGCUCCUCUGCUCCCACGCUCGCCGUACCUUUUCUUAUUCUGGUGGAUCCCCCCUGCUCCCCUGAUUAAAGUCUCUUCUUGCCCCUUUGGGGCUGCAUGA